AGCGCGCCCAUCCUGUAAUCCAAGCCAGCGAAGACCCAUCUUCCUACGAUCUUCUUGAACCUGAAACAUCGUGCUUCUCGGUCAGGACAUCAGAUCUCUCGAAUCGUGUGCAUCUAGCGCGCCCAAUACCUUUACAGAAGUAUCCUUAAGCUUUUACCUAGCGCGACCGCAUCUUGACAGAACCACCCUCACAAGUACGCCUUGUGGCUGUGAAAUUAUAUCUUCUCCCUUGUCUGAAAGCACGUCGGCAGCUACCUAUCACGCACACACAAUGUCGUCCAACGACGUCCAGGAAGCGGAGUCACGCAUCAGGUGGACACACUCGUCCAAGGGCGUCUGCUUUGUGUGCGAUGCCUUGACCAAUGUCUCCCGCACGCGGCUGCCCGUUCCCGACUUUAGCGACGACGACUACACGUGCAUCCGAUCGCUUGCUUUCCGCCUCGAUUCCGGGGAGCUGACCUUAGACGACCUGAGCUGGAAGGCUGGUGUAAAGGUGACGCGUGAACGCCGGCUUGCGAGUGCGGCCGUCUAUGCAUUCACGGAGGCGGAAUGGGCGCGGGUUGCCGACGACGAGGACGAAGACGAACAAUGCGAUGUCAUGAAUGACAAUGCGUUGUUGCUGCUCAGCUUGAAUCUCGAUGAUCGGGGGAAUCCGUUGAGACCGAAGUAGAAUGUACUUAUGACCAUAUGUAGCAUGAGCGGGCUGUAAUCAGCAUGUAACAUGAACACCGAGAGAUGCUGUA